AUUCACGCAAGCCUUGCACGCCGAAGUUGACAGGAUAGCGGGAAAAUUGCUCUGAGAAAAUAAAACAAAUUGUCAGUUUUGAAAAGGACUAAGUCCAUAAAUGUAGAGAAGUCAUAUUUUGCAGAAACAAUAGGAGAAUGGCAGAAGCAGUUCUCAGAGAUAUUGUUGAACAAAUUGUACAAGAAACUGAUGCUGCCUCUUCACCAAAAGAUAUAUCAGUGGGUAAUGAUGUUGCUUUAAAGUAUGUAGAGAGUAAUGAAAAUAAAACCGUAGGAUCAGAGAAUGAAGAGACAAAGGAGGUGAUAAGAAAAGAGAAAACAGAUUUAGAUGAUGUUGAUUAUAUUCAUACAGAAACUGACAAAGAAGUUGAAAGUGAGAGUGAUCCAAGUGAUGAUGCUUCAACUGAUGACAACAAUAAUGACUUCCUAACCACAGAAGAUGAGGCAGAAGAUUUUCUUAAACACGUUCUUAGAGAUAAUAAUGACAGUGAUCAAGAUGAUGGAAAGGCAAAGACUGGAUUUGAACUGUCUUCUGAUGGUUGUGGAUGUAUUGGAGAGACAUUGACAGAAAGUGAAGAACGACUGAACAUAGCUGCAGCUUUGAUAAAUUUUGGGGAUAUUCAGAAUGAUCAGGCAAAACCUAUCCAUACAUUAGAACAGACAUCGGAGAAAGUGUUAAGUGUAGAUCUUAACAAAUGUUUAAAGCAACCAGUUGAUCAGGAAUCUCCUUACUUCUCUAAUACAACUGAUAUUGAUAUAGAUAAUGUUAAUAAGAAUGAUGUGCCUAUUGUGGAUACAUGUUCUUUAUUAGGUAUUGAUAUGACAGUUGGGGACACUAAAUCUAGUUCCAACUGUAACCAAAACAUCAACAGUCUCCGAUAUAUCACAAUAUAA